AUGCAAAAUCUAUCACCUCAACUCAUUGCAAAAAUACUCUUUUUAGAGUAUAAACAAUAUAGUUACACCGGAAAUUAUAAUAUUGUUUAUAGUAAAAAGAAAUCCAAUGAAAAUAGUGCUGCUACUGGUGGCGGCGGUGUUGUUGGAAAUGAUGUUUUGGAGAAUGGGGUGACUGCCACAGUUGGAGGAACCGCUGAGUUGACCACACACAGCAAUAACCAUAGUGAUACUAACACUAGUGAUGUUUAUGUUUUACAUUUUGAUCGUCAGAACUAUGCUUACCGGCUGCUUAUUAAACACUCUCUGCAGCUUAAGGGUGCAUCUCCAUCGCAACACUCACUCUAUCAUCAACACUGGGUUGCCAGCAGCAGUGCCGUUGGAGGUGGCUCGUCGGUCAGCGCUACAUCCUCUUCAACCUACCAAGUCUAUAAUAACACUUCUAUGUCCAAUAUAUUUCCAACGUUUCCAGCUUACUCCUCUGUUGAGUUUGCAUCACUUCAAAGCAACAACAACAACAAAAACAAUAGCAAUAGUAACAAUAGCAAUUUAAGUACUGGAAAAAGAUUUUCAAUGGCUUUGAUGAAUUUACUACCAAAGGAAUUGGAUGUAUUAAGAAAAGAAGAUUUGGAUAAACUAUUAAAGAGUGGAUUGCUUAUUAAAAAAUUAAGAUUGACGCAUGACUCUUGGAAGGCAUACUAUCCUUUGAUUAUCUCAAAGACUCUGGUUGCAUGGCCACUGGAGACUCUGGAUCUCAGUGGAAAUAAUCUGAAUGACGCAACAGUGAUUAAUAUCCUUCAGAAUCUGGCAUCACUACGCUCGCUCCAUCUUCGUAGUCUGAACCUAUCACAUAACCAACUAUCGAACAGUGUUAUCCUUACGCUUGCACGCUUGGUAAAGAAUUUCCAGGCACCCAACAACCUGAAUCUAUCACACAAUCUCAUUACAUCGGAGCCCAUUAAACCGCUGUUGGAAUCAAUGAAAUCAGCGACCUCACAAUUUACAUUGCAACUUGCCAACAAUAGAAUCAACGAUCUCGGUGGAGUAUUGUUUUGUCGCUACCUCCAGACCAACUCGAAUCUGAUAUCACUCAAUCUUGCCAACAACAACCUCACCUGUGAAACAUCGAUUCUGCUUACGGAUGCCCUCAAAUCUCAGAGUGGAUCCAACAUGAAAUCUUUGAAACUCUCACUCGUUGCAAUGGGACAGGAGGAGAUGAAAGCAUUUGAGUCGGCACUGCGCUCGCCCAACUGUCGAUUGGCCCGACUCUCGAUGGCGGCCUGCGCAGUCACUGGAAUUGCCGGCGCGACACUCGCCCAGGCAGGAGCACUCUCCACCUCGCUCGUUCAUCUCGACCUCCGCUACAACAUGAUCGCGCCAACUGGCGCCAUCGCUCUCGCAACAUCGAUCGCCACAAACACCACACUCCAAUCGCUCAACAUUGGCUACUGCUCGCUCGGCCAAGACUUUGGCACGCAGCUCGGCAACAAUCUGCAACGCAACCGAACACUCACCAAACUCUGGGUCAACGACAAUGCAAUCGGUGCCGACGGAUUCAUCGCCAUUGCAGACGCGCUCGCCACCGCCAACUGCCGUCUCCGACUACUCGACCUCAGCUCCAACUGCACCGUGCACGAGACACUCGGACUGCCUGCCGUCUCCAAGCUCGCCGACGCACUCGCUUCCAACAGCUGCACACUGACCGACCUCAAUCUCUCGCGUAACCGUCUGGGACACGAAUCACUCAGUCUGCUGGCUGCAUCGCUACGCACCAACCGCGUACUUGCUUACCUCAACCUGAGUGGCAACUACAUUCGUGGCGAGGGUGCACUCGCACUCAAGGGUGCACUCCACAUCAAUCGCAGUCUACGAGUACUCACCAUGAACGGUGCAGGACUGCUAAUAGACGGAGUAAAGACAAUUCUACAAUUCCUACAGCAACAACCACAGCAUUGUUCACUUGAUGCGAUACACCUCGACAACAACCUGCAGGACGACUCAGAGGUUGCACAGAUCGAACCACUAGUUCAUCAAACACUUGCUGACAACAAGAGAAUCAGUGAACUAGAUGUUCUACCACAUAUACUAGAACGAAGAUCUCAACCCUACACUCGUCAACGUCAUUACUACAAAACCAAAAAUUUAGUUUGUUCAUCAUCAAUCAAUUACCUUUCUCUUUUAUAA